GUCCGAAGGUACCCUUUUGCUUUCUCAGCAAAUCAUGGACAUCAUUGGCUUUCUGAAGUCUCAGUUCAUUUGCCACCUUCUGAUCUGCUACAUAUUUAUAGUGUCAGGACUGAUCAUUAACUUCAUUCAACUCUUUACACUUAUACUUUGGCCAAUCAACAAGCAACUCUUCAGGAGGAUCAACUGCAGGCUGGCAUACUGCAUUUCAAGCCAGAUGGUGAUGUUGCUGGAAUGGUGGUCAGGCACUGAUUGCACCCUCUACACUGACCCAGGGAGUUACCACAAGUAUGGGAAGGAGAAUGCCAUCGUAAUCCUUAAUCACAACUUUGAAAUCGACUUUCUCUGUGGUUGGAACUUUUGUGAAAGAUUUGGGGUCUUGGGGAGUUCCAAAGUGCUUGCAAAGAAGGAGCUCUCUUACAUGCCGAUCAUUGGCUGGAUGUGGUAUUUCCUAGAGAUAGUCUUCUGCAAGCGUAAGUGGGAGGAAGAUCGGAAAACAGUCAUGCAGAAGUUGCUGAAUCUCCGGGACUACCCUGAAAACUUUUGGUUCCUGAUUCAUUGCGAGGGCACAAGGUUCACAGAACAGAAGCACCAGAUUAGCAUGCAGGUAGCCGAAGCCAAAGGACUGCCUAAGCUCAAGUAUCACUUACUGCCACGAACGAAAGGAUUUGCUGUCACCGUGCAGUGUUUGAGAAAUGUAGUUUCUGCAGUCUAUGAUUCUACCCUCAAUUUUAGAAACAACGAGAAUCCAACAUUGCUGGGAGUUCUAAAUGGAAAGAAAUAUCAUGCAGAUUUAUAUGUAAGGCGGAUUCCACUAGAGGAAGUCCCAGAAGACGAGCAGGAGUGUUCUAAUUGGCUCCACAAACUGUAUCAAGAAAAGGAUGCAUUCCAGGAAGAGUACUACCGAACAGGAACCUACCCAGCAGUCCCUAUAGUACCACCCCGACGACCAUGGACGCUUUUGAACUGGCUUUUCUGGGCCUUAUUGCUGCUAUAUCCUUUAUUCAAGCUGCUCAUCAACAUGAUCAACAGUGGAUCAUCACUGACACUGGCUAGUUUUGCAUUUGUCAUUGUAAUGGCCUCUGUUGGUGUCAGGUGGAUGAUAGGCGUUACAGAAAUUAACAAGGGCUCCACCUAUGGCAACAAUGACAACAAGCAGAAACAAAAGUAGUUCCUUCAGAGACUGCUUCAAUCCGAAGGGAGCAAAUGCAACUGCUGAAAACUCUUAAGUGCGUAUCAUGGUCCUUCAAGCGAGAUCAGAGGAAGGGUAGGAUGAGCAAUUCCCAUGCAUAUCUGAAUUUGUGCUCCUGUUAUUUUUCUCUGGGGGUUUUUGCUGGAUGUCAUUCUUGAAAGAUGCACUCCUUCGUAUAUGCUUCACCACAGGUUUGCAUUUGUUUGGUUGGUUUGUUUUCCUAUGAAGUGUCUUAAGUUUUGAAGAAAAAAAUCCAAUGAUGUGCUUGUAUGAUGAGACUCUACCUGGAAACUAACCAGAGGUACAGGCUUUGUCUUUCUUAACUUGCUCUAAGGAAUGGAUAAGCAUCAGAAGAUUGUUACAAGAUGAUUAAAAUCAGUAGUUGUGUAGAUCACACGUUAACAAUUUAACAACCAUAAUCUGUCAGUGUUUAAAUACAGUGAGAUGCCCUGCGUGGUUUUACCAAUAUUGGACUGAAGAAGCUCUGCUGAACUGGCAGACUUGAGUAGAGUUUUUCUACAUCUAUACCUUAUUCCCACAGUGCGCAGCACCACAUGGGCCCUUUAAAACUUCAGCCAGACCCUGGCUACAGGCCCACUUUGUUAGAGCAGAGCCAUGCAGGGGCAUAACCUGGAGUGGAAUUUGGCCUUGUGGCCUGGGCUGAGCUACGUUACCCACUGCCACAUCUUUCCCCAGGCAAUAGAUCAGAGGCAUAGCUGAAACCUGUAAUUCUUUUGAGAGUAAAUGCCAGUUAUAGUUUGGAAACACUGAGGUAAUAAAUUCCUUUCAGCUUUAAACACUGAUUAAGAUUCUAGGCCUUCGUAACAGUGGUGGAAACAAAACAACUGGGUAUGCUGUAACUAGGUAAUGCAAAGAGUGCAUUAAAAGUUAUGCCCCACACCCAUACUGUUGUGAUCCCAAUUAAUCUGCUUGUCUGUCUUUUCUGAUAAAUUAGUCUACACGGUGCCUCAUAACAGUCAGCCGGAGGUAAUACUUAAAUUAUCUUUUCGCUUUUCUUUUGGGGAGAAGAGGGGGAGUAGGAGAGACACCUGGGACAGUGGUAUGGCUUAGAGUUCUCUGUGGCCACCUGGCCUUGCUUUGAAGCCCUUCUGAAGUAAACAGGUCUAGAAUCAAGUCCCUUGGGAAAACCAUGUUGCUCUGACAUACCUGGUACUGAUUCCAGGGCAUCCUCCUCUUGGUUUUAAACUUCAGGAGUUAAGGGUAUGCAAGUUAACAAAAAGAGCUUGUUGAAAAAAAAGGAAAAGAGGGGACUUCCAACUACCAGAAAUUAUGACUGAAAACCCCCCAAACUUUCAAAAUCUAAAGAUACCGAUACUAAGCAGUGGGGAUUAUGACUGACACUUCCAAUUUUCAUUGCACAGAGGACUAAACCACGACGGUCUAGGAACAAAGAGCCUGUAUGGCUCUAGAGAAGAAAGUGAGCAGUCUUAGUUCUAGCAGCUGGUAUAAAAAAAAACCA